AUGCUAUCUCUGCGACCUAUUCGCAGAUUCUGUCAUUCUUCUUCCUUUAUAGCCACUGGUGUUGCAUCGAGCUUUCAGGCUCGAAUUGAAUCCAAUCAGAUCCAAGGUUUGAAACCGCUUGAGCAGCCUGCACUUGUCAAGCUUAAAUCUGAGCGAGACCCUGAGAAGCUAUUCGAGCUCUUUAAAGCUAAUGCCACUAACUCGUUAGUGAUUGAAAAUCGAUUUGCUUUUGAAGAUACAGUUUCUAGAUUAGCUGGGGCACGUCGGUUUGAUUUCAUUGAGGAACUUCUUGAGCAACAGAAGACACUUCCACAAGGUAGACGGGAAGGUUUCAUUGUUAGGAUUAUAAUGUUAUAUGGGAAAGCUGGAAUGAUGGAGCAAGCGCUCGAUACUUUCUACAAUAUGGAUUCAUACGGGUGCAAGAGGACUGUUAAGUCUUUCAAUGCCGCACUUAAAGUUUUAACUUUGAAACCUGUUCUGCGCACCAUCCAGGAGUUUCUUCUCGAUGUCCCCGCGAAGUAUGGGGUUGAAAUUGAUGCAGUUUCUUUUAACAUUGUCAUUAAAUCUUUCUGUGAGAUGGGAUUUCUUGACAAGGCAUAUCUGACAAUGAUGCAGAUGGAGAGAUAUGGGUUAAAGCCAGAUGUGGUUACAUAUACUACACUUAUAUCGGCGUUUUACAAGCACGAGAGGUAUGUGAUUGGAAAUGGACUGUGGAACCUUAUGGUCCUCAAAGGGUGUAGGCCUAAUCUCACUACCUUUAAUGUUAGGAUUCAGUUUUUAGUGCAUACAAGACGAGCGUGGGAUGCAAAUGAUCUGUUGCUGUUGAUGCCAAAACUCCAGAUGGAACCGGAUACCGUAACAUAUAACCUGGUUAUCAAGGGGUUUUUCGUUGCGGGGUUCCCUGAAAUGGCGGAAAGGGUUUAUACAGCGAUGCAUGGUAAGGGUUACAAACCCAAUGUGAAGAUCUACCAGACGAUGAUCCACUAUUUGUGUAAAGCAGGAAAGUUUGAUUUGGCUUAUACAAUGUGUAAGGAUUGUAUGAGAAAGAAGUGGUACCCAAACUUGGACACAGUUGGUAUGUUGCUCGACGGGUUAGUGAAAAAGGGUGAAAUUGAUCAGGCUAAGGUGAUUAUGGCGUUAGUUCACAAACGAGUCCCUCCUUUCAGCUCAAAACAGUUGCUCUCCCUUAAGUCCAUUUUGUAA